AUGGAAGACCAAUUGAAUAUUCCAAAAAGGGCUGUCACGACUUAUCGGUCAAGUGUAGAAGAUGGUGUUGAUAAAGAUCGAAGCUCCGAGAAGUUAAAAGUGUUCAGAUCUAAAUCUUCUAUUAUUCCUGGGUUGUAUGAGAAAUCUUUAAUCAGCUAUGAGGACAAGGAGGUUACAGGAAAGAAUAACCGUGAAGCUGGUGAUAUUCGUGGAUCAGAGGUUGGCGAGCCACAAGUCCCUCAGAAUCUUUCAGGUCAAGUCGAAAGUCUUUUUAACGGAACGUUAGUUCUGACAGCUUCACCCGAUCAAAUUCAAAGGAAUUCUACUGUAAUUAUAAGACCUGGAUUAUUAUCUGGUGACUCUAGUCUCCCAGAAACUCCUAAUUUCGAAAAUAGAAGAUACCAACUCGAUGCAGUUUCGCCUUUGACUGAUGUUAAUACUGAAAUAGAUACUGAGAGUCCUUCAAGUCCCAAACCUUACGAUUUGAAUCACUUGACGGAGUUGGUUCCAACUCGUAUGUCUGCCUUAGUUCCUGAUCUUUAUCCAGGUAGUGAGAAUAGCAUUCUUGACCCAUUGAGAGGGAAUAGCAUUAGGAAAACUAAUUCAAUAUUUAAGGAACAUAGUGCUGUUUCGGUUCAAGACAAGUUGAACGCCAUUACAAGAAAUAGCACUGAAGACCUUUUUCCAGAAACAGGAUCAUGUAAAAACUCAAUUGGUUUGGGAGAUGACGAAGAUAUCAAACCAUUUACCACCGAUCGUUCGCCUGAGGGGACCAAAGAUGAAGUUCAAAGAAAUGUUUCAAACAAACGUAAAUGGUUCAGUAUCGUCAGCAAUAUCAUUUUAUCAUUAACUUGUGUAGUUUUGAUAAUCAUGGUGAUAAUUUUCAUUAGAGGAACUGAAGAUUCGACAUUUAACUUUUUAGAUAGAAUGGAUGGUCAAACAAGAAAUAAUUUCAUAGAUUCCAUUAUGAAGAAGUAUGAAGCACCUCACCUUGAUAACCGUUCUGAUAACUUUACCUUGGGAGCUAAUAACCUGUAUACUUUCAAAGGGGUGGCAUAUUCCCCGUUGAAUUCUAUGGAGCCUCUUUGUGGAACCACUUUGGAGGAUGUUGAGCAGGAUAUGAUGGUGUUAUCGACAAUUACCAAUAAAAUCAGGACUUAUGGUAUGCAAUGCAACCAAAAUAAAUUCAUUUUGGAAACCAUUGAGUCAAAAAAGUUGGAUUUAGUGUUAUCAAUGGGAGUUUGGAUUUCUUCUAACGAAACGGUCAAUAAGCAACAGUUAGAUUUAAUGAAAGAAUUGUUAACGAUGUAUCCAAGAAAAUACUUUGAUAGCAUUAUGAUUGGAAACGAAGUUUUGUUUAGAGAAGACAAAACAACCCAAGAAUUAAUUGACAUCAUCAAACAGACCAAGAAGUUUUUGAAAAAUAUUGGUCUCAUUGAUUUGCCAGUUGGUACUUCAGAAAUCGGAUCUUUGGUUAACGGGGCCUUGCUUAGAGAAUGUGAUAUUUUCGGAGCAAACAUUCAUCCCUUUUUUGGUGGUGGUUUGGUGGAAGAUGCUACUAAUUGGACCAUUGAUUUCCUCAAAUAUCAAAUAAAUCCAAUGAAUGAAAAGUAUAAUACUAAAAUCGUGAUUAGUGAAGUAGGAUGGCCCUAUAAAGGAGGUAGUUACCAAGCAUCAGUUGCCAAUAGCACGAACUUCCAAGCAUUCCUUAAUCAAUGGGUUUGUCAAUUGAAGAAAUUUCCUGAUUUGGACUGGUUUUAUUUCGAAGCUUUUGAUGAACCUUGGAAAGAGAUGUUUUACGAAGGCGAUAAUAAAUGGGAAACUGAAUUUGGAAUCUUUGACAGAAAUAGACAAAUGAAACCUGGUAUUCAGUUUCCUCAAUGUUCCGAAUAG